UUCAUUCGUAACGUGUUUUAUAUAAAAAUUGUAACUUCCGUGUGAUUAGAUACUUUAGUCUGUAAAAAAUACGUAACUGUUUGUUACUCAAGUCACAUUUAAACAUUCGUACCACGAUAGAACACUAAAAUGCCUGGAAAGGAACGACAUUUGAUACGGACAAUCCUUCGCAAUUUUGUUGACUCUAUAACACCAAAUAACAGGAAGCCUAAGUUAAUCGGUGAAGAUUAUUAUGGCACGAAAUAUUAUGAAAUGCAAAACGCAGUAAAUACCUCGAAACAGAAACCAGCUCGAUAUUUUGAGCCUGUGAACAAAAAUGAUUUUGAACAGAACGUGCCCGCGGAAUGGGAAGCGUGGUUACGAUUUCGUAGGAAAGAGCCACCAACUGUGGAAGAAGUAGAAGCAAAUUAUAAAUUACAAUUGUUAAAGAAAGAGAGAGCUGCACAAUUAGAAGCAACAUAUUCUGAAAAGAAACAGUUGGAUGUUCCUGCUAAAGAUGAUGAAAAAUCAUUUCCUGUUUACGAGGAAUAUAAAAAUUUUGGUAAAGAUUAUAAGGUGAAAUAUUAGAAUUUUGAGUUGGGAAUAAAUAAUUAGACGUAAAUAACAUACCUCUAAUUUAAUCAUUAUGCACGUACCUCUGGAAUGUGCAAAAUUAAUGAAAUGUCUAGUAAAUAUGUACAAACUUUAUUGUAACAUAUAGUGGUAUUAUGACAUAAUUUAUGCAUGUAUUACUUGUCUGUAGUCUAUGAAUAAAACAAUUCUCUGAUACCCUA